AUGAGCUUGGGCGAUCCUGACUUUGAGUUAGUCAACAAAUAAGAAGAAACUUGAGUAUUAUAAUAAAUAGUCUUACUGAUUAAAGUGUAUUUAUAAGUUAUAAUAAGUUUUAUUUUCGUGGACUUCAUAAGUUACAGGUGGCUUCUGACGCUGCAUCAUUUCUGAUUUCGUUUUAUAAUACUCUUGUUGUAAAAUACUUGUUUGGUACUGCUGUAAUAGCACUAGACGUUGCAGUUCUUUUGUAGUUAACCCUUUCGUUUCCUCAGUUUCGUAUUUCUCUGUUGCUAAUUUUCUUUUUGGUGGCAAUGUCUUCUGAAUUGCUGGCGCUGUAAUACUGUUUGCUCCCUGCGCUCGGUAUAUAGUUCACUUCCUUCUUCUUGAACACUACCAACCUGAACGGCAUCUCUAAUUUUCCCAAUUGUAGGAUUACUGUCUCCUUCCAUAGCUUUCAGCAACUUUCUUUCCCAAUCUAACAAUUUAAUUGCUUUAAUACCAGUUGUUUUAGAUCUGAUUCUUUCUUCAAUCAAUGAUUUCAUGUUGUUGAUUUUUUUUAACAAGCCUUUAGUAUCUAAUGGUUUACCGAAUGUUGAUUCGUAUUUUUUCAACAUCUUCUUCAAGGCAUCGUCCUUUCUCAUUUUUAUUUUUGGAACUUGCGACUUUUGCAAAAUAAUGGGAGAAAUGGCAAUUUCAUCUGUGGUGAACUGCAGGUCGUUGCCAUUAUUUUCUAUUGUUUCCUCAUCAUUUGAGGAUGACAUGCUUAUUAAUUUGAUAAAAAACUGUAUCCAUCAACCUUUUACUUCUUCUUGGAGGAUAUCCUCGCGAGUAUAAGGUAAUCAUUAUGAAUAUGAAAACAAUGAUAUGCUUAUACUUCUACCUUUUCUCCGAAGCAAGACCUUAUACUUUUACCUUAUGGUUCCGAGGAUAUGCUUCUCUUUUAUGAAUACAGCUCAAU